AUGUUGGCGAACUGUUAUUGGCAAUUAGAUCAUCAAGGAAGAUCUCGAAAAGAAGGAGGCUUAGGCUUAGGCUUAGGCUUAGGCUUAGGCUUAGGCUUAGGCUUAGGCUUAGGCUUAGGCUUAGGCUUAGGCUUAGGCUUAGGCUUAGGCUUAGGCUUAGGCUUAGGCUUAGGCUUAGGCUUAGGCUUAGGCUUAGGCUUAGGCUUAGGCUUAGGCUUAGGCUUAGGCUUAGGCUUAGGCUUAGGCUUAGGCUUAGGCUUAGGCUUAGGCUUAGGCUUAGGCUUAGGCUUAGGCUUAGGCUUAGGCUUAGGCUUAGGCUUAGGCUUAGGCUUAGGCUUAGGCUUAGGCUUAGGCUUAGGCUUAGGCUUAGGCUUAGGCUUAGGCUUAGGCUUAGGCUUAGGCUUAGGCUUAGGCUUAGGCUUAGGCUUAGGCUUAGGCUUAGGCUUAGGCUUAGGCUUAGGCUUAGGCUUAGGCUUAGGCUUAGGCUUAGGCUUAGGCUUAGGCUUAGGCUUAGGCUUAGGCUUAGGCUUAGGCUUAGGCUUAGGCUUUGGCUUAGGCUUAGGCUUAGGCUUAGGCUUAGGCUUAGGCUUAGGCUUAGGCUUAGGCUUAGGCUUAGGCUUAGGCUUAGGCUUAGGCUUAGGCUUAGGCUUAGGCUUAGGCUUAGGCUUAGGCUUAGGCUUAGGCUUAGGCUUAGGCUUAGGCUUAGGCUUAGGCUUAGGCUUAGGCUUAGGCUUAGGCUUAGGCUUAGGCUUAGGCUUAGGCUUAGGCUUAGGCUUAGGCUUAGGCUUAGGCUUAGGCUUAGGCUUAGGCUUAGGCUUAGGCUUAGGUUUAGGCUUAGGCUUAGGCUUAGGCUUAGGCUUAGGCUUAGGCUUAGGCUUAGGCUUAGGCUUAGGCUUAGGCUUAGGCUUAGGCUUAGGCUUAGGCUUAGGCUUAGGCUUUGGCUUAGGCUUAGGCUUAGGCUUAGGCUUAGGCUUAGGCUUAGGCUUAGGCUUAGGCUUAGGCUUAGGCUUAGGCUUAGGCUUAGGCUUAGGCUUAGGCUUAGGCUUAGGCUUAGGCUUAGGCUUAGGCUUAGGCUUAGGCUUAGGCUUAGGCUUAGGCUUAGGCUUAGGCUUAGGCUUAGGCUUAGGCUUAGGCUUAGGCUUAGGCUUAGGCUUAGGCUUAGGCUUAGGCUUAGGCUUAGGCUUAGGCUUAGGCUUAGGCUUAGGCUUAGGCUUAGGCUUAGGCUUAGGCUUAGGCUUAGGCUUAGGCUUAGGCUUAGGCUUAGGCUUAGGCUUAGGCUUAGGCUUAGGCUUAGGCUUAGGCUUAGGCUUAGGCUUAGGCUUAGGCUUAGGCUUAGGCUUAGGCUUAGGCUUAGGCUUAGGCUUAGGCUUAGGCUUAGGCUUAGGCUUAGGCUUAGGCUUAGGCUUAGGCUUAGGCUUAGGCUUAGGCUUAGGCUUAGGCUUAGGCUUAGGCUUAGGCUUAGGCUUAGGCUUAGGCUUAGGCUUAGGCUUAGGCUUAGGCUUAGGCUUAGGCUUAGGCUUAGGCUUAGGCUUAGGCUUAGGCUUAGGCUUAGGCUUAGGCUUAGGCUUAGGCUUAGGCUUAGGCUUAGGCUUAGGCUUAGGCUUAGGCUUAGGCUUAGGCUUAGGCUUAGGCUUAGGCUUAGGCUUAGGCUUAGGCUUAGGCUUAGGCUUAGGCUUAGGCUUAGGCUUAGGCUUAGGCUUAGGCUUAGGCUUAGGCUUAGGCUUAGGCUUAGGCUUAGGCUUAGGCUUAGGCUUAGGCUUAGGCUUAGGCUUAGGCUUAGGCUUAGGCUUAGGCUUAGGCUUAGGCUUAGGCUUAGGCUUAGGCUUAGGCUUAGGCUUAGGCUUAGGCUUAGGCUUAGGCUUAGGCUUAGGCUUAGGCUUAGGCUUAGGCUUAGGCUUAGGCUUAGGCUUAGGCUUAGGCUUAGGCUUAGGCUUAGGCUUAGGCUUAGGCUUAGGCUUAGGCUUAGGCUUAGGCUUAGGCUUAGGCUUAGGCUUAGGCUUAGGCUUAGGCUUAGGCUUAGGCUUAGGCUUAGGCUUAGGCUUAGGCUUAGGCUUAGGCUUAGGCUUAGGCUUAGGCUUAGGCUUAGGCUUAGGCUUAGGCUUAGGCUUAGGCUUAGGCUUAGGCUUAGGCUUAGGCUUAGGCUUAGGCUUAGGCUUAGGCUUAGGCUUAGGCUUAGGCUUAGGCUUAGGCUUAGGCUUAGGCUUAGGCUUAGGCUUAGGCUUAGGCUUAGGCUUAGGCUUAGGCUUAGGCUUAGGCUUAGGCUUAGGCUUAGGCUUAGGCUUAGGCUUAGGCUUAGGCUUAGGCUUAGGCUUAGGCUUAGGCUUAGGCUUAGGCUUAGGCUUAGGCUUAGGCUUAGGCUUAGGCUUAGGCUUAGGCUUAGGCUUAGGCUUAGGCUUAGGCUUAGGCUUAGGCUUAGGCUUAGGCUUAGGCUUAGGCUUAGGCUUAGGCUUAGGCUUAGGCUUAGGCUUAGGCUUAGGCUUAGGCUUAGGCUUAGGCUUAGGCUUAGGCUUAGGCUUAGGCUUAGGCUUAGGCUUAGGCUUAGGCUUAGGCUUAGGCUUAGGCUUAGGCUUAGGCUUAGGCUUAGGCUUAGGCUUAGGCUUAGGCUUAGGCUUAGGCUUAGGCUUAGGCUUAGGCUUAGGCUUAGGCUUAGGCUUAGGCUUAGGCUUAGGCUUAGGCUUAGGCUUAGGCUUAGGCUUAGGCUUAGGCUUAGGCUUAGGCUUAGGCUUAGGCUUAGGCUUAGGCUUAGGCUUAGGCUUAGGCUUAGGCUUAGGCUUAGGCUUAGGCUUAGGCUUAGGCUUAGGCUUAGGCUUAGGCUUAGGCUUAGGCUUAGGCUUAGGCUUAGGCUUAGGCUUAGGCUUAGGCUUAGGCUUAGGCUUAGGCUUAGGCUUAGGCUUAGGCUUAGGCUUAGGCUUAGGCUUAGGCUUAGGCUUAGGCUUAGGCUUAGGCUUAGGCUUAGGCUUAGGCUUAGGCUUAGGCUUAGGCUUAGGCUUAGGCUUAGGCUUAGGCUUAGGCUUAGGCUUAGGCUUAGGCUUAGGCUUAGGCUUAGGCUUAGGCUUAGGCUUAGGCUUAGGCUUAGGCUUAGGCUUAGGCUUAGGCUUAGGCUUAGGCUUAGGCUUAGGCUUAGGCUUAGGCUUAGGCUUAGGCUUAGGCUUAGGCUUAGGCUUAGGCUUAGGCUUAGGCUUAGGCUUAGGCUUAGGCUUAGGCUUAGGCUUAGGCUUAGGCUUAGGCUUAGGCUUAGGCUUAGGCUUAGGCUUAGGCUUAGGCUUAGGCUUAGGCUUAGGCUUAGGCUUAGGCUUAGGCUUAGGCUUAGGCUUAGGCUUAGGCUUAGGCUUAGGCUUAGGCUUAGGCUUAGGCUUAGGCUUAGGCUUAGGCUUAGGCUUAGGCUUAGGCUUAGGCUUAGGCUUAGGCUUAGGCUUAGGCUUAGGCUUAGGCUUAGGCUUAGGCUUAGGCUUAGGCUUAGGCUUAGGCUUAGGCUUUAGGCUUAGGCUUAGGCUUAGGCUUAGGCUUAGGCUUAGGCUUAGGCUUAGGCUUAGGCUUAGGCUUAGGCUUAGGCUUAGGCUUAGGCUUAGGCUUAGGCUUAGGCUUAGGCUUAGGCUUAGGCUUAGGCUUAGGCUUAGGCUUAGGCUUAGGCUUAGGCUUAGGCUUAGGCUUAGGCUUAGGCUUAGGCUUAGGCUUAGGCUUAGGCUUAGGCUUAGGCUUAGGCUUAGGCUUAGGCUUAGGCUUAGGCUUAGGCUUAGGCUUAGGCUUAGGCUUAGGCUUAGCUUAGGCUUAGGCUUAGGCUUAGGCUUAGGCUUAGGCUUAGGCUUAGGCUUAGGCUUAGGCUUAGGCUUAGGCUUAGGCUUAGGCUUAGGCUUAGGCUUAGGCUUAGGCUUAGGCUUAGGCUUAGGCUUAGGCUUAGGCUUAGGCUUAGGCUUAGGCUUAGGCUUAGGCUUAGGCUUAGGCUUAGGCUUAGGCUUAGGCUUAGGCUUAGGCUUAGGCUUAGGCUUAGGCUUAGGCUUAGGCUUAGGCUUAGGCUUAGGCUUAGGCUUAGGCUUAGGCUUAGGCUUAGGCUUAGGCUUAGGCUUAGGCUUAGGCUUAGGCUUAGGCUUAGGCUUAGGCUUAGGCUUAGGCUUUGGCUUAGGCUUAGGCUUAGGCUUAGGCUUAGGCUUAGGCUUAGGCUUAGGCUUAGGCUUAGGCUUAGGCUUAGGCUUAGGCUUAGCUUAG